CAGGAGGGUGCGUGGGGAGAGAGCGUUCUGGAAGGGGCACACCCCCGGGAAGAGGAGGAUAAAACCCCGCGUCCCGGCGGCAGCCCAGCACCGCUCCAGCCCUGCGCACAGCCUCAGCCGCAGCACCGCAGAGAUGCUUUGCCGCCUGCACUUCAUGCCGCCCACCUCCGGGUCUCUGUUCCCGUGGCUGGGACCCGUCCGCACCCUCUGGCCUCACCCGGGCACCCUCUUUGCUGAGCUGGAGAGAGAGAUACGGAUGGAGAUGGAGAGGGCUCGGCAGUUCAUGAGCAGCUUCGAGCAGCUUCUGAGCAGCGGGAGCAGCUCCAACCGCGUCAGCAUCGAGCGGGCACCGAGCAGCAGCGCGGCUCUGACCCAGGGCUCCGGGGAGGGCUUCUCCGUCUGCCAGGACGUGAAGGACUUCGCCCCCGAACAGCUGUCGGUGAAGGUGGUGGGCAGGAAGGUGGUGCUGGUGGGGCAGAAGGAGACGCAGAGCACGGACGAGAAGGGCUCCUUCUCCUACAAGUACGAGGUGCUGAAGCGCGAGUGGGACGUGCCCGAGGAGGUGGACGCCGAGGCGCUGAGCUGCUCCCUGUCCAGCGAGGGGCAACUGCGCAUCGAGGCCCCCCGGCUGGCCCUGCCGCCGCCCAACGAGAGGAACGUGCCCAUCCAGCUGCCAGCAGCAGCGGCACAGCCGGCGGCCAACGCCGAGGACGGAGGAGAGAGAGCCAAGGCGUGAUGGAGCAGCGCGGGGCCGGGCUGAGCCCGGUGCUGGGGCACCGCCGGCCGCAGAGCGGGGCUGUGCCGGCCCUGACGGGGGGAUCUCUGGCCAAAGCGUGUAGAUUUUUUUGAUAUGUAAUAAACGUCCCUGACUUUUACA